AUGUCAUCUACAAAGGGGUUUCAGAAUAUUUUUUUGGAAAUCUCAUGGUCGAGAAAUAAAAAAUUUUUUAGAAGCAAUAAAGGACCAAAAAAGACGAAGCGACAAAGGAUCAAGUCGAAAAAGAAGGCAGAAACUUUAGAUGAAGAUGAAAUGCCAGCCAAGGUGAUUUAUUGAGACAAGGAACCGACAAAAAUUAAAAAAAGGAAUAUUGAGAAUUUCGUUGCAUUAUUUCUAGUAAUAUUUACUCAAAGCAGAUUAAACAAAUAUAUUUUGAAGUUAGAAAUCUCGAACAUUUUAAAAAACAUGUUCGCCUACUCAUCGCGAAAACUCCAAUAACAAAGAGUAGUUUGAAAAAAAAAGGAAUAUAAAUUCAAAAAAAUUCACAAAAAAAUUGUUUUUUUCUCGUACAGAGCAAAUCACACCGUAACGUUAGAUUGUCAUUGGAGCGCAAAAAUAACAAAUUUUUUUAUUACCACGGAAAAAAAGUUUUUUUAAAUUUAAAUUUAAAUUUAUUUUGUCUUUGAUAACUUGUAAUUUAGAUCGUGUUAGAUGUAGAAUUUGUUGACAACAGAAAUAAGGAGAUUAUUUUAUUUUGUAGAUUUCUGUUUUCGAUUCACUCAUUUUAAGGACCCAAUCUUGGAUCCGGCGUUCGUUUCGGUUCGAAAAACUGCAGAAUGGUUUUGCAAAAUUCGUGAGUUGAGCCAAUAAAAGCCUAGGAGAAACAUUUUCAUAGAGAGUACGGUUGGCCUUGGGGAAUUCUACACGAAGAAUCUGAAAAGCUUCAAUCCGACACCGUUUCUGUUUCCCAGUUUCACUGCAAACAAAAAUAAAAAUCGCAAUCAGGUUUUUUUUUUAAAAUCAAUUGGAACAGUUUCAACUCGAAGUUGCAAUUUUGAAUUUCGGCUUCAUUCAUUUUUUUCCAGAACAUAGUUUGUCUAGAAGAGUCACGGGUAAAGCUCCAGCAUGAGGAUAAAACCAAGUCGGAUUAUAUUCACGCCAACUACGUCAAGUUUGAGGGCCUCGACCGUCCUUAUAUCAUGACUCAGGUUUUUUCUUGAUAUUUUUUUAAAAGUAAAAAAAUCAAUAGCAUCCGUUGGAAAAUACGAUCGAAGAUUUUUGGCGCAUGGUUUUUUAUGAGGAAGUUUUGAACAUCAUUGCCAUCAUCAACCCGGUAAUUUUUCCAUAUUUUUCUUUUUUAUAGUCAAUCCAUUCCGAUUAUCGAGAAAAAUAGACUGUAACAAUGAAAUUUUUCCAAGACCGACCCGAAAACGCCCCCUUAUUGGCCAAUGGAAGCUGGAAAGUACACGAACCACGGCGCUUUUUUCGUCCAUUGUAAAAGUGUGAGGAAAAAAUCAUUCUUAUUUUAUUGAUUGAAAUCAAAUUGAAGGUUGUCGAAGGCAAAGGUCAGUACACGGCGAAUGCCUACACGAUCGAGGUAUUUUUUUUUGUUAGGAUCUAAAAAAAAUGAACUCUGAAAAAGAUGCUGAGUAUUCUAGCGCAUGCCUUAUAUGAAAUUCCUGUUUUUUUUUAAAUAAAAAUCAAAAAGUUCUGAAAAAGAGGAAAAGUUAAUGUUUAGUUUUUAAGUGUGCGAAAAUUAUCAUGCUUUUGGCGCCAAGCUUUUUGAAAAUUUUUGACUAAUCUUUUAAAUUUUUUUUUCAGAUUUCACCUAGGAAAUUAGUGUUCAUAUGAUAAGGGUUUUUUUUAAAGGUUGAUUCGAAAAAUUUUCAAGGUCCCAAUUCAAUUGUAGAGCUCUGGAUUGUCGAAAGAGUGCGAGAUUACGAUCGGAAAAAUCGAAUUCGUGAUAGUUUUUUCUCUUAUUCUGAAAAAAUUAGACUUCAGAAUAAGUUCAAAAAUUUAGAAUCGAUUUUUUCAUUCUCUGCAUUUCCUAGGGGUUAUAUGAGAUUUUUUUCAAGGUCGCUUCAUUUGAAAAUGUUUCUGAAAUAGUGAAGUAAAAUUGUUGAAAACAAAAAAAUUAAUGAAUGAGAUUUAAAAAGGUUUUUUUCCAAGCUUGAAAAGGAGAAUUGAAAAUUCUAUGAAAAAAAUAUAAGUUUGAAAGAACGAAGUGGCCUCUAUAGGGUUUUUUUGACUUUUUUUAGUGGAUUCUAUGGUAGUCAAAUAAGUGGCCACUAUCCAGAGAACUACUGUAGUGGCCACUACUGGGAAAAUUUUUAGUGGCCAAGGACUACUUGGAGAGGACACUAAAGUGGCCACUAAACCCACCUCUAUAGUGGCCACUAUUUUCUGUUUUAUUGGCCACUUCAGUAGUCUUUCGUACAGUAUUCCUUUCAUUCAGUAUUACUCCCUAAUUUUUAACCCUUUCAGUGGCCACUAAAUUGACUACUAUAGUGACCACUUAAACGUCAAAACCUUAUAGUGGCCACUCAAAAUUUUACCAGCUAUAAGAAAAAAUAGAGGCUUCUACAGAGGUGCUUUUAGCGGCCACUUUAGUGUCCUCUCCAAGUAGUUUUUGAACAACCUCUUGAGUGGUCACUAUAGUUGUUUUCCCAUAUGCGCAUCUAGAUCCAUUUUGAAGGUACUUCCCGAAGGUUGCUCGAACAGUCACAUCGUCACGCUGCUCAACUAUCCAAAUUGGGCCAAGUCCUCCGUUCCCGGUCAUCCGCUGGUCGUGCUCAAAAUGAUCAGGAUGACCAAAGUGAAUUUCGAUUCCAUUGAAAUAUUUGUCGCAUUCGAAAAUAGUUCCAAGUUUAGAUUUCGGUUUCUUGGGAGAUAUUUCUGUAAAUAUUAACAAUGCGAAAUCUAAUUUAUCAAAUGCUUUACAAAAAAAUUGUAUUAGAUCAAUUCCAAAAAAAUUUUCGGAAAAAUUGAAGGCGCCCCCACAGUUUAUAUUUCUGUUUUUUAGAAGAUGGAAAGUUUCUAAAUGACUUUUUUUAUGAUAUUUUUUUCUCUUUAUUAUGCAUUUUACUUACACGAUACAUCACGAAAAAAACUGUAUUUUUGAAUGAGAUUAAAACCUUAUUUAUUUCUUAGUUGGGUCUUACAACGAAAUGGCGGCUUUUACAAUUCGAAAUAUUUUUGGUCGAAAAAUCGGUCUAAAUUUUUUUGAAUUUGCCAGUAAAAGUCGCUAUCUCGUUGUGGGACCUAUUUUUUUCUCACGGCUUAAUCAUUUUAAACAAAUAAAAUGUCAAUUCUGAAAUCAUUUUUGAACGCGUCAUGUAGUAGUUCAUCAAUGCAGAUGUAUUAAAUUUCCAUUUAUAAAUAAUAAUAAUAAUAUUUAUUUUAUUCACGAGGAAAAAAAUAUUCACUGAAAAAAAUCGAAGAGAAAGAGAUAGCAUUAGAAAAAAAUGAAAUUGAUUUUAAACCCGAUUUUUCUAACACUCCAACGAGUACAGUUACCAGGUCCAAUCCUUUAUAAGACUCAUACACGAAAAAUUUUCCUUCCAAUAAUCCAUAAUCCGAUGAAAAGAACGAAACGAAACCGCAAGCUCCGAUAGUCGUCCACUGUGAACACGGGAUCAACCGCGCCGGAAUCGUCGUCUUGGCCAACGCGAUAACGACCCUCGCCUUCUCGAUGACCGAACCUGAUGUCAGUUCAAAAUUUUUAAAAAAACGGACUAAAUUCGAAAAAAAGUCCUGUUUCAAAAAUAUUGAAAAGUUUAUGAAAAAAAUUCAAUUUUUCGAUAAAAUUUUUUCAACAGUUUAAAGAAAAUUCUGCGGAAACCGGAAAAAGUAAAUUUUUCUAUUCAAGUUUUUUGUGAUAAAUUUUUUUGUAACUAGUUGAAAAAAAUUUUUCAAUGCUAGAGGUUUUUCUCAGGACGCUCUGAAGAUCUAAUUCUGAUUUUUCGAAAGCUUUUUUUUUUUGUUAAUUUUUGAUAUUUCGACACGUAAGAGCGCAUUGGAGAAUUUGCAUAGGCAUUCGGAAAGGGUGGAAAAAAGCUUCAUAGAAAUAUUCCUUUUUCUGCUGCCUUUUUGCGCCAUUCUCUUGGCCCUUGUGCACCAUUUUUGCUGCCUCUCCCUUUCUCCACAAUUUCUUGAGCCCUUAAAAUCCCAGAAAAAUGGAAAGCUCGUUAAAGAGACUCUUUUUGCUGCCUCUUUGCUGCUUUCUGGCUGCCUUUUUGCUACCUUUGUGCGGCCUUUUUUGAGUCUCUCCCUUUUAGCGGCAAUUAUCCACCAUUCCGACCUUGCCUGAGACGUUUUUUGCUUCUUUUUUUGUUGUUUUCGAAAAAACCUGAAAACAUAGAGAUUUUUCCAGAUGCCAGGCCUGUUCAAAAAGAUCCGUAGUCAAAGAGCAACAAUAGUAUCGCAUAAAUAUGCCUACAUCUAUGCGUGCUAUGUGUUUCUCUACUAUAUCCGAGUGAGUUUUGAGGAGUUUUCGAAGCAUUUGAUGGGAAAAAUCGUUAAUAAAAAAAAUUAAGGCAUACAUUUAAAAAUUGGCUUUUUUACUUCAUGAAUUUAUCUCCAAAAGCUUUUUAAGGUUACCUUUUUCGAGACAAAGUCCUAUGAAAUCUAGGUAAGUAAAAAAUCGGAUUUCAGUAUACCCGAUUUUCAUGUUUCACCCUUUGAACUAGUUCCACUUUAGUAGUCACUUGAGCACCACAAAGUUUGGUUUUUCCGCAGAGCUUGAACACAAAUCAAAAAACGGCAACAGUAAGCUCCACAAGUGCGCUCCACGGAGAAAUCUUAGAAACAAACAUUUUGGACAUUCAUAACGCGAAACGGACGCGCUUUGGACGUUUCUGGCCAAUUUUAGGGAUCACUUAAGAGGGCUGAAGCUACUAAAGUGGUCGCUAGAAAUGCCCCGACACUUCCCAUUCGCGUUAAAAAUUUCCGAGUAGUUUUCAACGCGAAAAUUAUUUUUUACUUCUCUGAUUUUUCCCAAUUUUUCAGAAGCGCUGUAAAAUUCAUAAGAAGAAUCUAGAUUUGGUUAACGACAUCGACAACUUUGAAAGUUCGGUGAAAAAGGUCGUCUUCAAAAGUUUACCUGGAAAGAUUGAUCUCCGACUUUAAGGAGUUGGAAUUGGUGAAGUCUGCGGAGAAUAAAGAAAAGGAAGGCGCCGUCACCGUCGAUUGA